AUGCACAAAGAUGACGUCGGAGAAUUACUCGACAGAUCCUGGGAAGGCUUUCGGGAACAGCUCUUGAGCAUCUGCCUCACAGGGACAAUGCCACAAUUUGAGUAUUCGGCUGGACAUUCCUUUGCAACGUCCAACCCAGCUAGCCCGGCAAGUGUAGUAUCCCCGUCCUUCCCGACGAGUUUGGCGGGACACCAGAGCGUGAAAUCCGUGAAAUCAGGGAGGUCAGGCGAGGGUGAGACCUCUGACCAAGUCCAGCGAUACCAUGGUGAUUCGCUCGCGCUGCUGGGGUCCAGCCUAGCGAACAUGAGUGCUGACGAGGUGACGAAAAUCAAAAACAGGCUUCGUUUGCGUUUGGGCGCCAACUCCUUAAGCAAGCUGGUCUCUGGCAAGUCCCUUCUCGAUGCCGUUGUCUCCCUCGGCUUGACGAUGUACCAUGAGGAGGACAUGAACGACUUUGUCAAUCAUCUGGCAGAUUUCGUUGGCCUGUACUUCGAGGCAGAUGAGACUAGACAAAGGCGCCCCAGCCAGUCCUUGAACUCAUUGUCUAUGUUCAGGGCUGCUGAAGAUGUCUGGACCCUUGGCAAACCGAAAUGGCAGUGGCCAAGCCCCGAUGGGCAGGCACAUCUCGGCCGUAGUGUCACGAAGAGCGUACCCUUCAGUACCGACGGCUCUGCAACUCGCACCUUCAACGUCGUUCCCGCACAAGCCCUCAUGGAUGUCUUUCUCUCCACGGAGGCCGAUGUUCCGAAGAGAAUCUUCGGGCCCCGGCUAAUGAACCAGUUCAGAGCCAUGAAGGAGAUCCUCCUGGCUGGGGAUACGAAUAGGCUUGUCGCAGAGUUGACCUUC